GCGCCCGACUCAGCAGCUUGCUGCUGGAAGUGGCAGCGAAGAGGAGAACUGUGUAGCAAGUGUUCUCACUGUUCUCACUGUUCUGUUUGUCUCCAAGGUUUGGCCAAACGCGUGGGCGCCAGACUACUCCUGGCUUCUACUUCUGAGGUUUAUGGAGAUCCAGAGGUACACCCACAGAAUGAGGAGUACUGGGGGCACGUGAAUCCAAUUGGUCCUCGUGCCUGCUACGAUGAGGGGAAACGUGUAGCUGAGACCAUGUGCUAUGCCUACAUGAAACAGGAAGGAGUAGAGGUGAGGGUGGCAAGAAUCUUCAACACGUUUGGCUCCCGAAUGCACAUGAACGAUGGACGAGUCGUCAGCAACUUCAUCCUGCAGGCUCUACAGGGAGAACCUCUCACUGUGUACGGUACUGGUGCCCAAACAAGAGCCUUUCAAUAUGUAAGGUAAGAUUGCACAUUCACACCAGUUUAGUUUCUUCCCUGAAAUACAUCAUACUUGUCUUGAAUUUGUACCGAAGUAUUUGUUCUGGAGAAUCUCUUCCUCUCUACCCACUAAUUAGGAAACAAUAUGAAAAUACAAAAUUAUAUAAUUCAUAAUAAAUCACACCAAUUAUCAUACAUAAAUGAUAGCGAUUAAAGGUUCAAUGCCAAUUAAACGGUGUGUUUAGUUGUUGUUUUUCUCUCCACUGAGACAGACCACAGUAAAUACACGAUGAUUAUUUUCUAGUAUAUCAGAUGUUAGUGCGGAUGCCGAUGUUUACGUGGACUAGUGUAACAAGGCGGAGGAGUAAAUAACAUUGGACUUUGAAGCGUAUUAUUAAAUACCAUUAUGCGCGUGUCUCUCUGCCUGAAAGCAGUAUGUGGCAGGUUCAAGGGUCGUGUUGCUUUGUGUGCAGUUGAGAAAGUGAUUCAUUUGAUUGAAGAAGCGAAAUCAGAGACACACUCCGAUCUCUUUGAAGCAUAAAGUCGCCGCCCUGUUUGACUUUCGCAUUGAGUAAACAGUGAAAUGCCAAGGUCUCCAGUGAACUCUGAGAUGGCUUCAUUACUAACACGUUGCGUGAAAAAGCAUUUUUAACCAGGAAAAUGCAGAAUGAAUUGACGGAACUUGGUGAAAAAUUCAAAUGAAAGAGGAUCUUAAUGCCACUAACACUGAGAAUACAGAUACACUGAACAUUUUGCUGCUAUGCGUGAUAUGAAACCUUGAUUAUGAUUUAAUUAAUCUGUCUGUCCCAGAUGGAGACAAGGACAGAAGUGUAGAGCUGAAAGGAAAUCACGUUCUUAUUCUUCCUUGUAAUCACUAGUUGUUAAAUACAAACACUAUCUAUACUAUAUACUGUUUAUGUACAUAGUAUAUACAGUACACAUUAUGUACACUAUAACCCAGUAGUGGUAGUGCAAAGAGAAGAGCCAGUGUAAGGUGAGUGAGAUAUUGUUGUGCUAAAUAUAAGAAACAUGAACUUCGUGGUGCAGAUUGAAUGUCUGUAUUUGUAGGGCUGUGUAUAUACAGUGAUAUAUAGUGAGCAGAGGUGUGUGAGCUGAGAGCAUCACAGUCAGUCAGUUAUAGUUAGCGUGAGCAAGACCAGGUGCAAUUAAGGAGUUUCAAAGAAACUGCUUCAAUACGAAAGUAUUCACAAAUUAAAAUCCUAAAAUAGG